AUGGCGUCUCCGAAGACGUUCGGCCUAGUGGACUACUGCGUGUUCGGCAGCGUGCUGGUGUUCUCCCUGCUGAUUGGCGUGUACCACGCCUUCCGCGGCAAACAGACCAACGCUGAGAUGCUGCUUGGCGGCAGGAACAUGGCCAUUGUACCCGUGGCCAUUUCCAUCAUGGCAACGUUCCUCUCGGCUAUCCUGAUUUUGGGUUCGCCAGCCGAGAUGUACACGAACGGCGCGCAGUACUGGGUAGUGGUGCUCGCAUUCGCAGUCGUCCUGCCCUCUGUGACCCUGCUCUACCUGCCCAUCUUCUACCGAUGCCGUCUGACGUCCGUCAACGAGUACCUGCAACUCAGAUUUGACAGCCACGUCCUGCGGUUAUUCUGCGUGUUGGGCUACCUGGUGCAGACAUCGCUGUACAUGGCCAUCGCCCUGUACGCGCCCAGUCUGGCCUUGAGUUCCACCACUGACCUGAACCUGGAGACCAGCAUCAUCUGCACGGCCGUCGUGGCGACCCUCUACACAACGAUUGGAGGUCUCAAGGCCGUGGUCUGGGCUGAUGUUCUCCAGGCGGUCGUCAUGGGUGCCGGUAUGGUGGCCAUCGUUGUUCAAGGCUCCAUCAACGUGGGAGGAUUUGGCAACAUAUUCCACAUCAACGCCGAGCAUGGCAGGAUGGAUAUGUUUGACUUUAAACUGAGUCCUUGGCAAAGGCAUAACUUCUGGAAUCUGUUCUUCGGCACCUUGUUCAUGUGGACCGGGGUGAUGGGGGUGAACCAGAGCUCGGUACAACGCUACAUGAGUCUACCCACCCUGAAGGCGGCUAGAAUCGCCUGUCUCCUUAACGCCCCGGCCAACAUUCUCUACAUAUCGCUGGCCUGUCUGUGCGGUCUGGCCAUCUUCGCCACGUACGCCGACUGCGACCCGCUCCGGAUGGCUCUCAUCGAGAGGAAGGACCAGCUGGUGCCCUACUUCGUGCUGGACCAGAUGUCCUACAUUACGGGUCUGCCGGGCCUCUUUGUGGCCUGCAUCAUGUCUGGAGCGCUCAGCACCAUUUCCUCCGGCCUCAAUUCGCUGGCAGCCAUCACUUGGCAGGACUUCCUCAGCAACAUCAACUUCUUCAAGAACAUGUUGCCAAUCACACAGUCUUGGAUAACUAGAGGCAUCAGUUUUCUUUACGGCUGUCUGGCAGUGGGCAUGGCCUUCAUGGCCAGCCAGCUCGGAGGAGUGCUGCAGGCUUCUCUGUCUAUCACUGGAGCGGUCAGCGGUCCUGUGCAUGGUGUCUUCAUGCUGGGCAUCUUCGUUCCGUUUUCCAACGGCAAGGGUGCCGUGGCAGGACUUCUAACGGCCAUGGCAACGAGCGUCUGGGCAGUGAUGGGCGCAUACGGAUCUGGGAAACAGCCCGAAUCUCUACCCACC